ACUCUUAGAAUAUACAUUUCUAAAUUUUGGAUUACUUCAAUUUUAAGGUUCAAUUACGAAACAAAAACAUCCUAAUCUCCAAGAAAAAAAAUACAUUACCUGCGCCUUGUGUUCUCUCUGUCUUUCUUUCUCUCUCUCUCACCUUCACCCUCACCCUCUUUCUCUUUUAUUUGUCUGAAAUCAAGCCACAUCAGUCUAUAUACCAGGUUACCAUGGUCUUGCGAUCUGUUCGAAUGUAGACAGGGUUUAGAAUCUCUCUGAUCAUCAACGACUUGGAAGGGGGAGACAGAAGACUAGCUAGCUUCAAAUAAAUGAAGAAUUGAAGAGUUGAAGAGAAGCAGAAGGAUAGGCCUAUAUGUAUCUCAAGCAUUGAAUUGUAAUCAUAUUGACCAUUUUGAAGAAAUAUACGUAUAUGAGAAAUGGUCCAAGGGAACUGAGGACAGCCAUGGCAGAAGAUUCAGAUAUAUGUGGUCAAGAAAUGAGCGAAAAGACUGAGGAACAAGCUGAAAACACAUCCGGAGUGUCCUCCCAAAAGUGUUCAUCCUUUGACUUGAAUGAAGAGGCCAGCAGUGAAGAGGGUGAUAGUUUUGCCAGGGUUACAGAAGCAAGUGUUGAAGAUGAUGAAAAAGGAACACAAGGGAGUUCUUCAGAUAAUAAUCUCACAAAUGAGGGAGGAAAUGAACGAAGGCCUGUAAGGCAAUACAUCCGCUCAAAAAUGCCUCGCCUCCGAUGGACUCCUGAGCUCCAUCUCUCUUUUGUGCAUGCUGUUGAGAGGCUUGGUGGACAAGAGAAGGCGACUCCCAAAUUGGUUCUUCAGCUAAUGAAUGUGCGGGGACUUAGCAUUGCACAUGUAAAGAGUCACUUGCAGAUGUAUCGAAGUAAGAAGCUUGAUGAGGCUGGACAAGUGCUAAGUCAUUCAUAUAGAACGAUGCAAGGUAGAGACAACUUCCGGAAUAUGUUUCACCAGCCGGUUAUGAGCAGUCCUCAUCAACACUUCAGAAUGGAGAAUGGUGGAAUUGCUCUCUCCACAAGUUUUCAUGGAAACAAUCACAGCCUUUCGCAGACACCUCUCUCCUAUCGACCUGUACACUUCGGAGCUAACUUUUCUAGGCAACGACGGUGGGCUUCUGAUGACCUAGCAAGAGUAAGGUCAAAUUCUCUACUAGGAAAAGAUCAUGCAUCGGGGAUUGAGCCAUUGAGACCUAGUCGAUUUCUUGAGGAAAAGAGAUGGCCUCCUUUGGAAAUGAUUAACAGUCGAUGGAAGGCCAAUCAUAUUUCAAGUAUGCAGCCGAGGUCUCUUGGAAACCUUGGAAAUGAUUCUGUGGGCAAUUUCAAUAGCUUUAAGCCAGAGUUUCAACCUACAUUUUGCCUUGAGUUGAAUGGAGAUAAAACAUCAAAGGAGAAGGAAUGGCUGCCAGACCUGCAACUGAGACUGAGCCAAAGAGUUGGAAUUGAUGAGGAGAAGACUCAUUGUAAAAACACUCAAGAAAUUAACACUAAGCUUUCACUUUCUUAGCCCUUAUUCGAGGAAACAAAAGUUAAUCAAUAACAAUCGACAACAUUGGGAGAAAUGCAUAAAGAUUCUCCAAAACCAAAUUACACCAGACAUCUACACACAAACACGUUACAGAAAGGCCAUUUGAAGCUCAGUACUUAUUAAGGAUCUGACCGUGUUUGAAGAAAAUCAUUGGAGUGAGGCCUUUCCAGGUACUUUGUCUUAGAGCCAUUUACAAGCAUGGUGAUGAUUUUUUUUUUUUUUUGAAUAUAGCAGUUUUGCAUGAUUAAAGUAAACCCUAGAAAGGGUUUGUAAAUUGAUCUAGUAUUCAAGAUGAUAAUCUCUUUGAUGGUGGCACUUAUAUGUGUAAUUUUAUUUGAUAUAGAUUAGAAACUGAGAUAAUUAAGGCCAUGGAAAGUGGGUUUAGUAUUAAUUUUUUUCAUUAAAUUUUAAAUAUU